AAUUAAAUACAAGAAGUAGUGUCGUGGUUGUGAGAUUAACGGAUACUUUGGGAGUUUAUCAACAAUACGUACUGUAAAUAAAAUUAUUCUUUUCAAAUUGAUUUGAUUGAUAUCGUUCUAAAAUGUAGAUUGUUAUGGUAGCACUGCUUAGAAAUAGAAAAUUACCCAAACGAAAACCAAAAGGUUUUAGGGUAUCUUUUGUUCUUUGGUAGGGUCUUUAGCCAAGGAACCCAAAUUUUUAGUAAACGUUUGUUUUCUAUUUUGUAUAUUUGUUUUGCAGACUUAUCAGAUUGAUUCAAGAUGUCUAGAAGAGCUACUCAUGCAGGCAGCUGGUACCUGAGUUCAAGUCGUGAUCUCAACAAACAAUUGGAGAAUUGGCUCAACGCCGCAGAACUUACCCAUGGUCCUGCCCGAGCGAUUAUAGCUCCACAUGCAGGAUAUUCUUACUGUGGAGCUUGCAGUGCCUUUGCCUAUCGACAAAUCAGCCCUGUUGUAGUUCAACGAAUAUUCAUCCUCGGGCCAUCCCAUAACGUACGUCUCCCUGGAUGCGCCUUAUCAACUGUACAGAAGUAUCGGACACCGCUUUACGAUCUCCAAAUCGAUUCUCAAGUGUAUGCUGAAUUGGAUGCGACCGGCCACUUUGAGCGUAUGAAUAUAGACGUGGAUGAAGAAGAGCAUAGUAUUGAAAUGCAUCUUCCUUACAUUGCCAAAGUUAUGCAAGACUACAAGGACUCGUUCACCAUAAUUCCAGUGCUGGUCGGAUCACUGAGUGCCGAUCGAGAGGCUCUCUACGGCCGCAUUUUCGCCAGAUAUCUGGCCGAUCCUCAGAAUCUGUUCAUCAUAUCAUCGGACUUCUGUCACUGGGGCCAACGGUUCCGCUACACUUUCUACGAUAACUCCUGGGGCGAAAUCUACCAAUCAAUUACCAAAUUAGAUAAAAACGCAAUGGACAUAAUCGAAACCUUGAAUCCAGCUUCGUUUAGCGAAUACUUGAAAAAGUAUGGCAACACAAUAUGCGGCAGACAUCCAAUUGGUGUACUUUUACAGGCAGCAAGCUACCUGCAGAAAUCGGGCACCAAUGGUCAAAAUAUGUCGAUGAAGUUUUUGAAGUACGCCCAGUCUAGCCAAUGCAUGAGUGUGAGUGACUCAAGUGUGAGCUACGCAGCCGCCUCACUCACAUUCGAAUAACCUCACGCUGCCUCGUUUAAAGUGUGGACCGAGCGUAGAACGCGUUAGUGUGACUGUGUGGACGAAAAACAUUAGUGUUAAGCCAGUUACACACUCAUCGAGUUUCGGCACUACCA